GUCUCUGCUGGCCUAAACUAUCCCGCUGGGCAGCACAGAGGCAUAAGCUCACCCACGGUGCCUACUGUAUGAUAGCCACCGCUGAUCAAGUCUACAGUCAUGAUCUUCUGGCUGAAAUCCAAAGCAGCUCAAGCUGCUACAAGCGAAGCAUGACGAAGUUGUACGCUUAGGAUUCGUAAUCGCUACUGACGUAAACCAAGUUAAGAGGUAAAUUGGAAGGUAAUUAAAGGCAGUUCUUGCGUUGACAUCUUGUUCGCUGCCUGUCGAACCCCUUGUUUGUAAAACCGACAGAGGAUUUCGUGUCAAAAACAGAGAAUACAACACAUUUUGUCAUCUUUUUUGGCGACACGUACGUUGCGUCGCACCAACCGUCAAGACCAUCACAGGUAAGUGAACUACAAAUACGGACGAACAAAGACGGCGCAAAAAAAGGUGGAGCAGCGAGCGCCGUGGAAAUUAGCCCACUGCGCUGAUGUUUCGACGCAAGUACGAAGUGCCACGGCCAAUGCAAAAAUAGCGCCGAGGGCCCGAAGCAGGUGGAGACGAUUGCGGGCCCGGCGAACAUGCGUCUUGCAACGAACUGUCGAGCCCGGAGGGCACCUGGCGGUGCUCGAAAUAGUCUUUUCGAGACGUUCAUGUUUAGCAUUAUCUGCUUUUGCAGCUGGCUAAUAUUGAUACCAGUUGAUGUCUUUAGUGACGAUAGCGGUGCUGCAUUGCUAGCGGUAGCAGCUCAGCACCCUAAGGCGCCAUAUCUUCCGGGACAAGGGGAAGAACUGGGCACAUUGUUAAAGGCGGCCUCGCACCCUCUGAUGGUAACGAUAGUGGCUAGUGAACUGCACGAUAAAUAUCACACGGCUGCUCAGAUGGCAUUGGACAGGUUCAAUUUGACUAAUCAACAAGUUCAGGUAACUGUGGUGGACUCGGAGUGCGAUUACCGGAAAGCCCUCACUCGACUGAUCAGACAACGAGAACAGGCCGACAUCGACGUCCUUGUACUCGAGCCUCGCUGUCGUGAGGUUGCCUACCGGGUAACGGAUUUCGCUUCAGAAUGGGAGGUACCAGUUGUAUCACCCAUCCCUUUACAAAGAACUGAACGCAAAAGAACCCUUAUACAGCUUACCGCUGAGUACGGGGUGUACGGAAUUAUGCUGCAGGAACUUUUUGAUCAUUUUAAAUGGAAUCGGGCUGCAUUUCUUACGAGUACAGUGGAUCCCGAGUGUCCGACGGCGGUAACAGAGAUUUAUAACAUUUUAAUGAAAUCGAACAGCUCGGUGGCGCAUGACAUUUAUGAGGAAAAAUUAAAACCGCCAGACUAUAAAGAGGUGUUGCUGAAAACCGCUCAAUACGCCAAAAUUGUGGUAACCUGUUUGACAGAGCAAAGUCUACGGAGUCUACUUAAGGCAUCGGAGGAUCUUGGCUAUACGGACACCGGCCGAAUGUUUUUCAUCAACGUCCAGCUGCCUACAAAACAUUUCUCCGACUAUGUUCCUUAUUCCCGGAAUCUUCUCAACAUCCGUACAAAACCGAUGCUUCAAGGAAAAGUCAUCAGGGAUCAAAUAAAACAAAGAGUCGAGUUUCUUUCAGAAACCAACUAUACAAAACUCAUACAGGUGUACGAUUCAGUAUUCCUCUACGGCUCGGUCGUUCAGGAGAGUCGUGUACUGCUGUCCGCUCAUCCUGGAGCACCCCUAUAUACACGUGAACCGCCAAAGGUUAUGCUCGAAAGGCUACUCAACAAAUCUUCCUUCAAUUCUGGCAGCACCGAAGAGAUGCAUCUUUCCCAGGGCCGGCCCCAAAUCGAACUGCAGGUGGUAUCGUACGACGGAGGACGCGCAAAAGUCGUUUUUGUUCUAAGUGAACGGGAAGAAUCUCAUGGCCACGAGUUAACGGACCUCGUACAUACAGGGACUUACGGAAAUCUUCAGCGACCCAUGCACACAACGAAUACCGCCCACAUGGCUCCACAUGUACCCAUUAUCCACGAAAUGGACAAAAAGGGAAACCUGAAACUUUUACAAGUGGGAACAAUAGAUUGGGUUGGAGGUCAUGUCCCCAACGACCAGCCUUGGGGAGAUCCCGACCUCCCUCAGUUGGCGGUGGUGUUCGCUGCCCUAGGCGCGUUCAUCUUUGUCCUCAUCGUGGCGUUCCUGCUCAUCCACAGGUGGAUUAAGGCCAAUACCGUUCUGAGGACACCUGACGAGGAAGCGAUGGACGACGCCUCGAAAGUUCCCACGACUACUGGGAGUUCAAACAACACCUACCGAUCAACAAGCCCUUCCCAUGUACGCUAUACAUUGCUUAGCCCUAAGGACCUUGCCCAUCCGGAACUGGCUCAUUUACGCAUAGACUAGAGGAUACAACGCUAAUCAAUCAAUUAUUCAGUAAAGCAAGCAUCAAUAAUCAUUAUUAAUUGAUGUAAAACGUCAAGACUUGUUGAGCGCCACUAUCCAAUCGAUCAGCUUUGAAUUAAUUGGCUUUUGCAGCUAAACGGAACCACAACCCAAUUGGACGGCUCGAUUACAAUUUUGAUCUUGCAGGUGGAAAAAGCGUAUUAUAAGCACUACUUUUACCUGCGUACGACACACGUUCCAUCAUACAUAAACAUACACACACACGCGCGCACGCACACGCUCAAAGAAAUAUUCAAACACGCACAUAGCAUUAGCAUAAACAAGUUCAAAGAAAGACUAAGCAGUUCAACAUAUUAUUCACGUGUAUGACGGCGGUGGGAUGCAAGCAAUUUCUUCCACCACCUAAAGGAAGAUACGCCGAUGUCUGUCGUCCUCCAGCAAUUCGCAGUUAUCCAAGAAUAUGCAAUAAUUGCGCGAUGACCUGUUUUACUCAUCCAAGACAACUCAUAAUUAACAACCAACUUAUUAUAGUAGUGGCUUAUGAACAACGAGGAUCAGCUAAAAUAGGGAACCGUGAUGCGGCUCGCUUCAUCUAAUAGGAAAACAUACCAUAAUCUAAUGGUAAUAAUGACGGCCGAUCGGUGUCUUGACACGAAACCUCCUAAAAAUGGCAACGCUCUGUAAAUAUGGACUCGUUGUUGCUUCGGAGUUAUUUGCAGUAAUGCAAAUUAUAGUGCUGCCUUAACACAAGGAGUAUAAGACCGAAUGCGACGAGCCAUUGGAAAAUAAGACGAUGGCAUUACCAUAAACAUCCGUCAAUCAUAGGAGAGCGUUCGAUCAUUUGUUUAUGUCUGACACCUGUUCUGCUGCUGCCGUUUAGGUUAACUGUAAAGUAAAAUAUGAUUUCUACUGAAGAUCGAUAUG